AUGAACCAGAAGGAGGAGUGGGUGACAUUGAUGCGCCUCUACCAGAAGAUGCUCCAGAACCAACAGAUGGUCCAGAUCCCAGUGGUCCUCUACCAGAAGAUGUUCCAGAACCAGCAGAUGAUCCAGAUCCCAGUGGUCCUCUACCAGAAGAUGUUCCAGGACCAGCAGACGAACCAGAUCCCAGUGGUCCUCUACCAGAAGAUGUUCCAGAACCAGCAGAUGAUCCAGAUCCCAGUGGUCCUUUACAGUUUGAAAGUCCAGAACCAGACAUGGAAGGUGGGCGACCUCGAAAGAGAAGAGAUGGAUGCCUUGAACGCCCAGUACAACGAGCUUGUGGCUGAGGUAGGCGACACGAUGGACUAUCAAGUUCUUCGAUACGCAGUACCAAUGCGGUCUCGAAGGGCUUCAGAGGUGAAUGCCCGAGUGCGUCAAAUGUACCUGCAGGUGAAGGCCGAUGGAUUGGAGGUAUUUCGUCUACACUCCGACAAAGCUACCGAGUUGUGCAAUCGACGCCUUCGCGAAUGGCUGUUGGAGCGUGGAGUCUUGGCCACCACCGGAGAAGCCCAAACACCCCAACAAAAUGGGCGUGCCGAGGCCACUGUGAAGUUCGUGAAGUCCGAGGCUCGUCUCCUUAUGACUACAGCAAAAUUACCCAAGUCCACAUGGCCCUUGGCGAUGAUGUACGCCACCGCACGACAAAGGCAACGCGCUUUUGGGACUCCUGUACAUGUUCGCACCAAAGUCUAUGGCCAAGCGGGAAGGUACGAUGUGGAAAACAAAUGGGCUCAGGGUGUUUACGUGGGGCCGUCGGAGGAUGUGCAACAUGGUCAUGUGGCUCGGUUCCCAGACGCCACCUUCGUUACCAGCCUGCAUCUCAAGCAUAACCUGGUGGAUGCUGAUGAGCUGGUGGAUUUGGUCCCAAGGGAAAUCGAGAUCCCACUGCCGGAGCGGAGGAUUCGAGGAAAGAAGCGACUACAUCGGCUUCUAGUGGACCACCCUUUGAGUGUUGAGGAGGAGCUGGCAGAAACUGUAGCAAAGGAGCUCAUCCGGAGUGAGGACUGGUCUGUGGAAGGGAUCUUACGACUCUUUGACUAUCUGAAGGCUAUCAAACCGAAGCAGGCCAGUGGGAGAGCGGCGACAGGGACAGGAUGUUCGUGGUACACCGGCAUGUUUGUGCAUGGAGGUGUGGCGGGAUUACGGGGUGCUACUACGCGGAUGAAGUGGUCGACAAAGUAUUUGGUGGAAGCAGCCAAGCUGAUUACGGAGCAUGAUGAUUUUACGGCUCUCGGGUUGCUGGAGGACAUGGACAACGGGUGCCACAAGGACUCGCACAAUGAGAUCGACAGCACCAAUGUGGUGACGCUGUUAAGGGCCCCGGACCAAGGAGGAAAUCUUUGGCUAGAGCAUGAAGACAUGGACCCCAAGUAUGCUGAGUGGAAGCUUGUGGCGAGGAAGCUGUGGAAAAAGGGAUUUACGCACCAGCUAGAAGUUGGCAAGCCCUUCAGGAUCAGCAAGCUGCACUACAAAGACCGGGACAUGUUACAGUUUGUGGGCUUUCAGAGCGUGUGCUUGAAUAUGAUCCACAACAAUGUCCGACAGCAACGUGAUCCACAACAAUGGUCCGCAGUCAGACAGCAACGUCUACAACAAUGGUCGCAGUCAGACAGCAACGUGAUCCACAACAAUGGUCCGCAGUCAGACAGCAACGUGAUCCACAACAAUGGUCCGCAGUCAGACAGCAACGUGAUCCACAACAAUGGUCCGCAGUCCGACAGCAACGUGAUCCACAACUAUGGUCCGCAGUCCGAGAGCCACGUGAUCCACAACAAUGGCCCGCAGUUGACCAGUAGUGUCGUGGGAGACCAGUGUGAUCUCUAUCUCAUCAAGGCGUUGGAAUCCCCAGAAGCUGAGACUCUUGAUGAUGCACUACUUACCCUUACAGAAAGCCAAAAUCAACUUCUUGAGGAUCUUCAAGAGAGAUCUGAGCGCCUGAGGAUGAUGAUUGAGGAAGAGGAGAUCCUUGCUGAAGAAUGUCGACGAGCAGGACAACAAGUGGAUGAUGAAGUGGACCAUGUGCGUGCCUAUCUGGAGGACAUGAUGGAUGAGGUUACUCAUUUGAAGGCAGCGGGAGGAAAGGAUGCAUCAGAAGCGUGUCUGAGGGCGGCAAUGGUGCAAGAGGAACCGGACUAUGAAAGGCUUCUACAAGAGUUGGACGGUGACUUAGAAGUGGUCCAUACGGUUCCCCUACAGCAAGUUCGUGCUGCCCUGGAUCAGUGGGUGGAAGCUUUGGAAAAGGAAGUGAAACAGCUUCUGGAUGGAACGUUAAGGCCUAUGCCAAUUGCCCGAGCAAAGCAGAUGGAGGCUCAAGGUCUUCUGAAGUUGGCUCAGUCGAAGGGUGUUUUCACUCUAAAGCCGCCGCAGGUCAAGGGCAAGAAGGUGAGGAGAAAGUUUCGACUCGUCCUGUGUGGGAAUCAAGUUGAUCGUGAUGAUGAAACUUUCAACCUGUAUGCCAGUGGCGUGAGUGCCGACACGGUGCGGUUGGCCUUAGCUUACGCUUCCCACCGGCGCUGGUACGGGGGAACCUCCGACGUCACAGGAGCAUUCCUCCUUGCUUUGUGGCCAGACCACUUAGCAAGGUACGCUAUAUUUCCUCCAAGGAUUCUCAUCAAGGCUGGUCUCGCACGAGCUGAUGAAGUGUGGGAGGUCAUGCGACCUUUAUAUGGCCUUCGGGAAUCGCCUGCCAUUUGGGCGAAGUGCAGAACCAAUCGCUCAAAGGAGGCCCGAAUCUCAUACCAAGGCCGCACUAUCGUGCUAAAGCAGUCAACGGCGGACCCGGAGAUCUGGCUUGCCUUUGACGAGGACGACGUGCUGAGGUCGCAGGGAAGUCUCCUAGCCCUUAUCAUCACCUAUGUGGAUGAUUUGUUCUACCUGUCGGACAAACCCAUUAUUGAGGCAAUCCACGCCUGGGUUCAAGAGGCCUGGCCAUGCAGUGAGCUAGAAUGGGGCGACGGGCCUACCGGAACCCGGUAUUUGGGAAUGGAGAUACAACAAAGGCCAGAUUUUGCGUUCGAGCUAUCACAAGAAGGGUACAUCCGGGAGCUGUUGCGCAGCUACGGGAUGGAAGAUGCCCUGUCCACGAAGCUUCCAUGUCCGCGAGAAUGGUUGGCGGGUGAUGAGUCCGAGGAGGAGAACUACACCAUGACCGAGCUCAAGCAAGGCCAAAAAACCGUGGGAGAACAGUUGUGGUUGAUGAUGCGUUGCAGGCCAGACUUGCAAUUUCCAGUGGCAUACAUGGCUUCCAAGGUCAGCAAGUGCCCCAAUCGUGUUGUCCAGAUCGCCAAGCGCCUAUUAGCUUACCUGAAGACUACGGCAUCUAUGAAGAUGGUCAUUGGGAACAAAGCGGACAACGAGUUCCAGCAGACUACGCCCGAGCUCGUCGCGUGGAGCGACGCGAGCUUCUCGCCAAGCGGUGAAAAAUCGUUUGGGGCUUCCGUGGCUACGGUUAAUGGCUAUCCUGUAGCAUGGAAAGCCAGCAAGCAAGCCUUCGUUACUCUUUCAGUGAUGGAAGCAGAACUGCUGGAAGCUUCAACAGCAACGACGCUGCUUGAGAACAUUGGAUGUUUGCUAGACGAGUUGGUAGGAGCUCAUGUUCCUCGACGCCUUCUUGUGGAUAACGCCUCGGCAGUUUCGAUGAUUGCUGGAGGGCCAGGAAGCUGGCGCACGCGACAUUUGAAAGUCAGGAGUGCCAAGAUCAGAGAGCAAGUCGAGAACCUUGAGUUGCUAGUAGAACACGUGGGAGGCACUGGUCAGCUAGCUGAUUUGGCGACUAAAAUGCAUGGAAAGGUUCGCCUGUGGGAAUUGCUUUCUCUCUGGGGAUUUAGAGGUCUACCAGAGGAGGCGAUUCAGGCUUUGCAUGCAAAGAGUCUCUACUUGACUUGCCUGAUAUGGGCGAUGAUGAUUCAGCCGGCGACUGCAAAUGACACCACGGAUACCAGGAUCCAGAUGGCAGGAGUUGAUGAGCUGCUGAUUGUGACGGUGCUUGUGUGCUUUACGGCGGUCACGAUAUGGGAGCUCUUCAAGUAUGGCACUAAAUGGGUGUUGAAGGCUUGCAGGGAAUCCCCCAAGCAAAGGCGCUUGAGGAAGCUAAGAGAGGCAGCCAAGGCUGCCGCUGAGGAGGAGGUUGAUCGCGCGGUGCUUGCGCGUUCGGGAGAAACCACACCCCCGCCAGAACCUCAUCCUACAGCGAGGCCUUUGAGAAUGACAUCGAGUCCAGAGUCCAUGUACCCUACUGGUGCAGCUUUCGAGCGAAUGGCCCAUGAUGCAUUUUACAAGACGGAUUCGAAUCGUUCCCGUCUGCACACGGAUCCUCAGUGCCACGGACUACGAAACGCGGGACCUGUGUUCAAGCUGGAGUACUGCGUUUAUUGCUCCAAGAAUGAGCCGAUCUAUGUCAAGAGAUCCCGGUCUGAGCCGAGAAGACACCUAUGA